AUGUCUUGGGAUCAGUUUGUUGCGUUGAUCAAAGAUAAUUUCUGUCCUCAGCAUGAGGUAGAAAGGAUUGAAGCUGACUUCUUGACCUUGGACAUGAAGAACUUUGAUUAUCAGGCGUACCUUACCAGUUUCAACACCAUGUCUCGAUUGGUUCCCUACUUGGUCACGCCAGAACCAAAACGUAUAGCUCGUUUUAUUAGAGGUCUAGCUCCAGAAAUUAAAGCAAUUGUGAAAGCAUCUAGACCUACCACUUUCAGGUCAGUGGCUGAUUUGUCAUUAUCUCUUACUCUCGAUGCGGUCUGGCAGAGAUCGCUUAAGAAUUCCAAUGAGGGAAAAAGGAAACGUGAGGAGGAGAACUCACGACGUUCUGAUAAGAAACAUAAGGGGAACUCGGAUCAUAAGAAGAGUUCUGGAUUCAAAAAGGAUAGCCAACAGACGGGUGAGAAACCCAAUUCCAAGACAUGUCAGAAGCAUCACUUUGGAAAGUGUAGGUUGGAAUCGAAGUCGCUGUCGCAAACGAAGACUUUUGGAUGUGGGAUCUGUAAGUCCAAGGAACAUAAGACCUUGGAUUGUAAAAAGUUGAAAGAUGCAACCUGUUAUGGUUGCAACGAGAAGGGGUAUAUCAAGUCCAACUGCCCAAAGUAUGCAAAGAAACCUGAAGAGGGUAAAAAGACCAAUGCUCAGGUCUUUCAAAUGAAUGCACAAGAAGCGGUUCAGAAUGACAAUGUGAUAACAGGACUGGCCAAUACUAGAAGCAUGACCAAACACUGA